GUAAUCUAAAAUCUUUAUCCAAAAACGAGCAAUCCAAAACCCUGAUAAUUUCCGCAAAUCCAAAACCUCGCGUUUUUGAAGGCUCUGCAAACUCUCAUCAACUCAUUUCCAUUACCGCUUCCGAUUGUUACGCCGUUCUCGUCUUCCAAAAACUCCGAUUGCACCACCAUUCAUAAAGAACAACCCUCGCCACGUGGCAUCAUCUUAAGAACCCCUAAAACUCGUCUCAUGGUUCGUGAAAAGACGCAAACUUUCUGGACCGCGUGUUCCACUUGUAGGGUCUUGCAUCAAUUCGAGAGAAAGUAUUUGGGUCAUAAACUUGUUUGUCCUGGUUGUAACAAGAGUUUUAAGGCUAUUGAAGCUCCUCAGAAUGAUGGGUCUGAAGAAGAAGAUGAAGAAAAAGAUCACACUUUGGGGGAUUUUAUGUUGAAGAAGAGGAACGAGAGCAAGAAGAAGAAGAAUGAUGAAGUGGGUUGUGCAAAAGGUGAGAGCUUUAAGAGUAAUGAUGAAGUGGGUGGUAUUGUUGGGAGAUUGAGGAAGAGAACGCGUUUGGUUGGUGAGGUUUUGGAGAGUUCUGAAUCUAAGAAGGUUGGGACUGAAGAAGAGGAAACAAUGACAUUGGCUGAAUUUCAAUCUAAAGUGAAGAGAAAGGUUCAUAAAGAGAAGAUUAAGAGAUUGGAAAUUAAGAAGAAGGAUUUUGUAGUCAAAGAGAAGAAGAAUGAGGGUUUUGUGAAGAGAAAAGGGUUGAGACUUGAGAUGGAUAGGGAUUGUAAUGGAGAGGAAUUGGAAGCUAUUAUGGCGGUUGUGGAUUCGGAUUUUUAUGAUUUUGAUAAGGAUAGAGUGGAGAGGAGUUUUAAGAAAGGUCAAGUUUGGGCUGUGUAUGAUGAUGAUGAUGGAAUGCCUAGGCAUUAUGUUUUGAUUGAUGAAACUGUUUCGGUGAAUCCUUUUGUGGUGAGGAUAAGUUGGUUGGAUUUUCAGAAUAAUGGGGAUGGAAAGAUUGUUAGUAGGGAGAAAUUAGGGUUUGAUAUACCUUGUGGGAGAUUUAAAGUUGCCAACAAGGCUUCCAUAAGUUCGGUAAAUGUGUUUUCUCAUGUAGUGGAUUGCGAUCGGGUGGCGCGGGAGGUUUACAAAAUUUAUCCCAAGAAGGGCUCGGUUUGGGCGCUUUAUAGCGAGGCGAAUCGUGAUUCAGGUGGAAGGCGAUUUGCGGACGAGGGCAAGAGAUGCUAUGACAUUGUUGUGUUUUUGACAAGUUAUAGUGAGAUGAAUGGUGUGAGCAUGGCAUUUCUUGAGAAAGUUGAUGGUUACAAGACAGUGUUCAAGAGACGAGAGACCGGGAGUCACGCAGUUAGAUUUCUUGGGAAGGAUGAGUUUUGGUUAAUUUCUCAUCAGAUUCCGGCGCGGAAAUUUCCUUGUGAUGAGGCUCCUGAAUUGUUGAAAGAUUGUUGGGAGCUUGACCCGGCUUCGCUUCCUUCGGAUUUACUUACUAUUGGUGGCAUAGAUAAUUGAGGUUAGGAAAUCCUUUUGAUGAUGAAGCUCUAAUUGUUGAUCUUCAAUUCCUUCAUAGAUACUUACACUAUUAGGUGGCUUUAUUAAAAAUUUGAAGAAAUUUUGGUCCAAUUAGAAGUAUCAUUUAAGUAAACCAAACUGUUUUUGCAUAUCUUGAUUUUGUUGUAUUUGCAGAUCAAGAAAAUGUACAUCAAUUAGUAUUAGUAUGCUAUGCUCAAUUACAGUUUAGAAGCCCGAUUGUAUUAUAUUGUAUUCAAAUUACGAUUGAGGGAGCUUUGUGAAAUAGUGUAUGAGAAUGCAAAGAAGGGUCCAUGAUCAAUAGUCAUGAUAAUUUUAUAAAUGUAUUUCUUCAGAAGACUAAUUGAUGUUUUUGAUUUAA